AUGGUCUCCGUCUCCCGCCUACUGCUCUCCGCUGUCGCCUUCGCCGCCGCCGGCGUGCUCGCGCUCCCGACGGAGCUCUCGCGCCCCGCGAAACGGGCCCCGUCCGCGCCCUACUGGGUCGAGUACUUCGACGCAUCCGUGUCGGAGGUCACCGGCGUGCCGCCCGUCUCGGACGUCACGGUCUGUCCUACGCACUACUUCCACCCCCGAGGCUGCCCGCUGACCCUUGACACGCGCGCACGCACGCAUAGGGAUACAAUGUGUUGCAAGUGUCGUUCAUCUCGCGUGCACCGCCGUGCCACUGACCCGAGGGCGUGCGCCCGCCCCUCGCCCCACAGCAUCAUUGCAUUCCUGCUCACGGAAGGCGCAUGGGACAAUGCGGAAGGCUGGGCGUCGCUCAGCGCGUCCGACCGGUCGACCCUCAAGUCGCAGUACGCGGCCGCGGGCAUCUCGCUCAUGGUCUCCGUCUUCGGCUCCACGGACACGCCCACGUCGAGCGGCGCGGACCCCACGGACACGGCGAACACGUUCGCGGCGUGGGUGCAGGAGUACGACCUCGACGGCAUCGACGUCGAUUACGAAGACUUUAACGCGUUCGACGCCGGCACGGCCGAGGCGUGGCUCGAGACCUUCACGACGCAGCUGCGCAACCAGCUGCCCGCGAGCGACUACAUCAUCACCCACGCCCCCGUCGCGCCUUGGUUCUCGCCGAACUACUGGACCAACGGCGGAUACAUCCAGGUCGACUCGGAGGUCGGCGACCUGAUCGACUGGUACAACAUCCAGUUCUACAACCAGGGCAGCACCGAGUACACGACGUGCGCCGGGCUCCUGACCAACUCAAGCUCGACGUGGCCCGAGUCCGCGCUGUUCCAGAUCGCCGCGAGCGGCGUGCCGCUCGACAAGCUCGUCAUCGGCAAGCCGGCGACGACGGGCGACGCGAGCACGGGCUACAUGAGCACAUCUACGCUCGCGACGUGCGUCGAGCAGGCGAAGGGCGAGGGCUGGGAAGCACAGGGACUAGGACUGACGCGCGCUCCGCCGGGUGCAGAUGCGGGCGUGAUGGUCUGGGAGGCGGCGCGCGUGCCAUCUCUCAAGGCCCGCGAUCUCAUAUCCUCGCUCGACUGGCUCAACACCCCGCUCUCCCUGCGUCUGCGCACGAUCAUCUUCACCCCGCACGCGCCCGUCAGCGCGCGCUGGAAGGCCCUCAUCCGCACGCUCUUCGCCUUUGCGCUCUUCGCGUGCGUGUGGAUCGCCUGGAUCACGCUCCAGGGCGCCGUGCGCGCGCACCGCCAGGGCCUCGUCUGGGGCGAGCGCCUCAUGAGCUAGCCCCGCCGACGUCAAAGCCAAGCUCUAACCCUUCCGCGUGCUCAGCGCACCCCUUGCCGCCGCCGUCCAGCGCCUCAUGCCCGCCCUUCGCCCGGCCUGCAUGACGCGGUGGGCCCGCGCUGCGGCCACCCGUCAAAGCCACCGCGGCACUGUACAUACACGCUCGCUUAUCUCCGUCUGCCUUCGUCUCCAUUUCUCCUCAUCCCGGAUUCUCGCUCGCAUCGAGACAGACUCGCUCUGCAGCCGCUCGUUACUCUGUACCCAUAUACCAUAUACCCAUAGCCCGCCGCUACCCGCGGGCGGCUUCACAGCACUCGGGCGCGCCGGGACUCGGCCGGGAGCCGUCCCGCAGCGCGUGGAUCGUGGACCACGAAUCGCUGCGCCCGUGGCGGACGCUGCUCCGGUGCAUGUAACCUUAUCGCUGUAAUAUUAAAUAGAGA